CUCUAGGCCUUGCCAUCCUCUGUGAAAUGUGAAGUUUCCUCUUAGUUGGUGCUGCUGACGUGGUUUGGCCUAAAUGUCCCUUUACACAUGUCCUUCAUACACAUCUCCCAAGGCUUCCUUGAAAGUCACAAGUUCCAGCUGCAGGGUCCAGCUUCUGCACAUUUCCCACCCCUACUAGUUCACUUCCCUGAGUCUGUUGGUUGGCAUGGAGUUGCAGUCACCACCAAACUCCCAUUUUAAAUAUAGACCCUGUCCUGAAUACAUCUCUUGGCACUGCUUUCUCCAACAGGGGUGCCUGAGCAUCCUAGCUUGGGGGGAGGGGAGGGUCCCAGAAGAAAAGCAAGAUCUGAAGACUCCCACCUACUGUGUACCCUCCCUUCCACCCUCCACUGUCCCGCUCCCCUCCCCUGGGAAAGUGGAGCAGCCGAUCUUCUGUCCCUCAGCCUCUGCCCCACCUCCAGGAGGCCCUACCCACGCUCAUGACCUUGCUAUUCUGGGCCUUGUGUCAGUUCUAUGGGGAGAUGGACAGGAGACAGCUGAGCUGACAGGCUACCUAGGAUGGGGGUUGGCUGGGGAAAGCCUGCUGGCUCUUGCUUUACCUUAUCCCUGGGGCUCCCCAAAUCUUGGCUUUGACUGGGGAUUGAAUUGGCCCCGUUAUGGAGGUUGGGUGGAAGGCAGCUGGAGACCUGGGUGCUGUGUUCUCCAAGUGAGAUUGUUAGAGAUAGCCAAUGGCCAGUGAAGGCUAUAGCACCUCAGAGUGGGAAGGCCUGAUCCUCCCCUAAUCUCAUGGCAACUGAUGCUCAAAGGCUCCCCUCCCCCAGUGCCUUGCCACCUUCAGGGACUUGCCAUCCUCGGGUGGGCUGAAAGACACCCCCAGACUACUGUGGCCUGGCUGGAAGAGCCCAGGAGACAGUGAGACUCCCUGUGAGUCUUUAUUUGUGGAAUUCAGGGAUGGGCCAGGCUCUGGCCCCAUGCCCUUCACAGUCAGACCUCUCCUCAGAACUCAGGAACAAGAAUGACUUCCAUUUUGGUGUAGUGGGAGGGAAGUGGUCUGUAGAAUCGUCUCAUCUGCCCUGUCCUACCACAGAUCACAGUGCAGAAAGGUAUCUCCCUGCAGCUCUGGGCUGGUGGCUUUCUCUCUCUGGCCUUCAUUUAUCUCUCUGGGAAGCUGGAAGAGGGAGAAAUGAAUAACCUCAAAGGGCCUCUUUGGCAGGAGUGUCCUGUAAAGCCUGCCUCCUUUCCUCACUCAACUUCUUUGAAGCUCUCAUGUCCCUACUCCCCCUCUCCAUGUUUGGGCAUUCCUGCUGCUGGAAGGCAGUACCCUGUCACUCCUCCAGGUACUGCUGGGGAGAAGCCAGCUAGGGCCCAAGCCCCGGUAGCUGCUGAGCCUGCCCCUGGCCCGAGAUGAGGGUCCUGGGCCAGGUAGAGAGGCGUGUUUGUGUGACCCCUACAUUCUCAUCCAUUGUCUAAGCCCCUCCACCUCAGGUCACAGCAGGACUCUACUUCAAGGGAGGGGUUUGUGGGAACUGUGAAAAGAGGGCGGGAAGGAACACCUUGUCCUCACUUCACCCCUCCCCCAAGUCUGGGCAGAAGGCAGGAUGAAUCUGAGGUUCAGUCCUGAGGUUCAGUCCUUCAUUUCUGUCUGUCCAUGUUCGACAGCCCUUACCCCAAACAAGGGGGUCUUCUUUUUGUUCUGUGGGGCUCUGCUGUUUGUAUCAUUCUGUCUGUGUGCUGGAAUCCUGGUGUGGGAAGUGCUCCUUGGUUCUUUUCAGGGAAACUGAGGCCUGUGUACAGGUGGGACCUGUGCUCCAGGGGCUACACUGCUGCCAGCCCUCACUGACCUUUAAAUAUCUGCUUCCAUGGAAACUCCUCUGCCUCAGUUUCCUCCCUGCUUGCAUCCUGGCCCAUGUACACUGUCUGUUCCUCCAGCAGCUGCCUUGGUGGAAAUCAAAAGAUGCCCCAAUGGUAAAGCAGGGUGGGGAAGGGUGGCUCAGAGCAGCUGCUUUUUGCAGGAAGCUGACACCCAGGCCAGCCCUUCAGCAACAACUUGUGGCUUUGCACCCAGCCUCCGGGGCCCCGCCCACCUGGCUGCCACUGCCAGCACCCUGCUGUUUCUUUUCCCCUCUUCUCCUCAGACUCAGGGAAGUCUUUGCUGUGUCUGCUCCUCAUUGUAUUCUGUUCUCAUUUCUUCACACCCAUCUCUCCCUCCCUCUCUGGAGCCUCUGCUUUACCCAGCUUCAGGGGCACUCUGGCAAGGGGCAGGCUCAGCUCCCAGGCACUCCUACCAGGUCUGAUCCUCACUCCCUCUGUGGGCUUGGGCUGUUGUAUCAGGGCCAUAACUUCUGAGACCCCCACACCUCUGGGGGCUAACCAUGAGGCCCCUGGGGUUGAAGGCCUGUAUGGGAUAAGGAGAUCCUUAUUCCCCUGCCCCACCCUGAAAUACUCAUCCCUCCCCCUCUGCCAUCAGCACAUUCUGUAGCCUCUUGGGUUACCUGGCUGCUUGGGUGUCCCAUUUUCUUCAUGGGGGAUUCCCUGCCAGUUUCAAGGGGGAGCUAAAGGCUGUGUUCCCAGAGGCUGAGCUAAAGCGGCAGUGGCGGGGGGGAGUUUAAGAGAGACAGACAGUCCUGGCUUUGCUUACCAGGGCCUGGACACUAAAUCCCUUGUUGAUGGCUGCAGCAACCCCUCCCUAGGGUAAGGUUACCAUCUGCCCUGUCCCCUUGACCGUCUCCCUUCCCUACUUCCCCUUAUCUCUCUAGAGCUACUUCCUCUGUUCCCCCAAAGAUGCUCUCCCCUCUCUUUUGAUCCCCCAAAGUCUUGGAGUUCCUCCUUUGUCCUCUGAACACACUAGGCAGGGUAGGAGAAUGUGACAAUAGGACAAUAGGAAGGGAUUCAGGAUGGUCACGACAGGAAAAGUCUAAGGAGUGAUGAGCUCUAAGGGCCCAGAAGGCUUAAGGAAAGACUUGGUUGGGAUGAGUUUGGAAUUGGACAUUUAGUAUAACUUGGGAAGUUGAGGCAACUGGGGGCGGGGUCAGUAGCAGAUAACAGAAAGUGAAUUUACUCCCUACCCCCCCUGAGGGGGGCGGCUGGGGCCACCUUUGCUUCCCUUAUGAGUGACAUCUCAGGCUGCAGCCCCACUGUUUCUCUCUGUCAGCAGAAACCUCUCUCUCUCUCUUCUGACCCCUCCUGCUGGGGUCUCAGCCAGCCAAUCCGUGAUCUGGGGGAAGGGGGAGCUUGCUCCCCCCACUCCCUCAUAAGGACCAGCUGGGGGCUGGGGGGGUGGCCGGCUGCUGCAAGUGGGACUGGGGUCAGAACUUCGUGGAAGGAGGAAGAAUCUGGGGGGGGCAGUCAAGAAAAAGGAAGAAACCCAGAUCAUCAAGUAGGUGGACACGCUAAAGAAGUCCCCCCACAAGUGAGAGGCCCUUAAGAAAGAAUACAUCGCCCCUGGCCCCCAAGAAGGGAGCACGAUGGAGGCCGCACACUCCAAGUCCACAGAGGAAUGUUUGUCCUAUUUUGGGGUGAGCGAGACCACAGGCCUUACCCCAGACCAAGUUAAGCGGCAUCUGGAAAAAUACGGCCCCAAUGAGCUCCCUGCUGAGGAAGGCAAGUCCCUGUGGGAGUUGGUGAUAGAGCAGUUUGAAGACCUGCUGGUGCGGAUCCUUCUCCUGGCCGCCUGCAUUUCCUUUGUGCUGGCCUGGUUUGAGGAAGGCGAAGAAACCGUCACUGCCUUUGUGGAACCUUUUGUCAUUCUCUUGAUCCUCAUUGCCAACGCCAUCGUGGGGGUUUGGCAGGAACGGAAUGCAGAGAACGCUAUCGAGGCCCUGAAAGAAUAUGAACCCGAGAUGGGGAAGGUCUAUCGGGCUGACCGAAAGUCAGUGCAAAGGAUCAAGGCUCGGGACAUCGUUCCUGGGGACAUUGUGGAGGUGGCUGUUGGGGACAAAGUCCCCGCAGACAUCCGCAUCCUUUCCAUCAAAUCCACCACCCUCCGGGUCGACCAGUCCAUCUUGACAGGAGAGUCUGUGUCUGUCAUCAAGCACACGGAACCUGUCCCUGACCCCCGAGCCGUCAACCAGGACAAGAAGAACAUGCUCUUCUCAGGCACCAACAUUGCAGCCGGCAAGGCCGUGGGCAUCGUAGCCACCACUGGUGUGAGUACUGAGAUUGGCAAGAUCCGAGACCAAAUGGCUGCCACCGAACAGGACAAGACCCCGCUGCAGCAGAAGCUUGAUGAGUUUGGGGAGCAGCUGUCCAAGGUCAUCUCUCUCAUCUGUGUGGCUGUCUGGCUUAUCAACAUCGGUCACUUCAACGACCCUGUCCACGGGGGCUCCUGGUUCCGGGGAGCCAUCUACUACUUCAAGAUUGCUGUGGCCUUGGCUGUGGCAGCCAUUCCAGAGGGGCUUCCCGCUGUCAUCACCACCUGCUUGGCCUUGGGUACCCGCCGGAUGGCAAAGAAGAACGCCAUCGUGAGGAGCUUGCCCUCUGUGGAGACCCUGGGCUGUACCUCUGUCAUCUGUUCUGACAAAACAGGGACCCUCACCACCAACCAGAUGUCGGUUUGCAAGAUGUUCAUCAUUGACAAGGUGGAUGGCGAUGUCUGCUUGCUGAACGAGUUCUCCAUCACUGGCUCCACCUACGCCCCCGAGGGAGAGGUCCUGAAGAAUGAUAAGCCAAUCCGAGCAGGGCAAUAUGAUGGGCUGGUGGAGCUGGCCACCAUCUGUGCCCUCUGCAAUGACUCCUCCUUGGACUUUAAUGAGACCAAAGGUGUCUAUGAGAAGGUGGGCGAGGCCACAGAGACCGCCCUCACCACCUUGGUGGAGAAGAUGAAUGUGUUCAACACAGAAGUGAGGAACCUCUCUAAAGUGGAGCGGGCUAAUGCCUGCAACUCGGUGAUCCGCCAACUCAUGAAGAAGGAAUUCACCCUGGAAUUUUCCCGAGACAGGAAGUCCAUGUCUGUGUACUGUUCUCCAGCCAAGUCCUCACGGGCUGCUGUAGGCAACAAGAUGUUUGUCAAGGGUGCCCCCGAGGGGGUCAUCGACCGCUGUAACUAUGUGCGUGUUGGCACGACCCGGGUGCCGUUGACGGGUCCCGUGAAGGAAAAGAUCAUGUCAGUGAUUAAGGAGUGGGGCACUGGCCGGGACACCCUGCGCUGCCUGGCUCUGGCCACCCGGGACACGCCCCCCAAACGGGAGGAGAUGGUUCUGGAUGACUCAGCCAAGUUCAUGGAGUAUGAGAUGGAUCUGACAUUUGUUGGUGUUGUCGGCAUGCUGGAUCCACCCCGCAAGGAGGUCACGGGCUCCAUCCAGCUGUGCCGCGAUGCUGGCAUCCGAGUCAUCAUGAUCACUGGGGACAACAAGGGCACAGCCAUUGCCAUCUGCCGACGGAUCGGCAUCUUCUCGGAGAAUGAGGAGGUGGCAGACAGGGCCUACACCGGCCGUGAGUUCGAUGACCUGCCCCUGGCCGAGCAGCGGGAGGCCUGCAGACGCGCUUGCUGCUUCGCCCGUGUGGAGCCCUCCCACAAGUCCAAGAUUGUCGAGUACCUGCAGUCCUAUGAUGAGAUCACAGCCAUGACAGGGGAUGGUGUCAAUGAUGCCCCUGCCCUGAAGAAGGCCGAGAUUGGCAUUGCCAUGGGAUCUGGUACAGCUGUGGCUAAGACAGCCUCCGAGAUGGUACUGGCUGAUGAUAACUUCUCCACUAUCGUGGCCGCCGUGGAGGAGGGCCGCGCCAUCUACAACAACAUGAAGCAGUUUAUCCGCUACCUCAUUUCCUCCAAUGUGGGCGAGGUGGUCUGUAUCUUCCUGACAGCAGCCUUGGGGCUGCCUGAGGCCCUGAUCCCUGUGCAGCUGCUGUGGGUGAACUUGGUGACUGAUGGGCUCCCUGCUACUGCCCUGGGCUUCAACCCACCCGACCUGGACAUCAUGGACCGUCCCCCGAGGAGUCCCAAGGAGCCCCUGAUCAGUGGCUGGCUCUUUUUCCGCUACAUGGCAAUUGGGGGCUAUGUGGGUGCAGCCACUGUGGGAGCAGCUGCCUGGUGGUUCUUGUAUGCAGAGGAUGGGCCUCGUGUCAGCUACCACCAGCUGACUCAUUUCAUGCAGUGUACCGAGCACAACCCUGACUUUGAUGGCCUGGACUGUGAGGUCUUUGAGGCCCCUGAGCCCAUGACCAUGGCCUUGUCUGUGUUGGUGACCAUUGAGAUGUGCAAUGCUCUCAACAGCCUGUCUGAGAACCAGUCCCUCUUGCGGAUGCCGCCCUGGGUGAACAUCUGGCUGCUGGGUUCCAUCUGCCUGUCCAUGUCCCUCCACUUCCUCAUCCUCUAUGUUGACCCCCUGCCGAUGAUCUUUAAGCUCCGGGCCCUGGACUUCACCCAGUGGCUCAUGGUCCUCAAGAUCUCACUUCCAGUCAUCGGGCUAGACGAGCUUCUCAAGUUCAUUGCUCGGAACUAUCUGGAGGGAUAACCGCCCCCCCUUCCUCCAUGUCUUUGAACCGUGUCACAGAUCCAGAAGACGAAAGAAGAAAGUAACCAGCCCUUUCGCCCUGUCUUCCCCACCCUAAUAGCAACGCAUCUUCAGCCAGAGCUGAAGCACAGACCCUUCUCCCCCAAUUCUGUUUAUAAACAAAGUUCCCCGCCCCUCCAUCCCCUUCAGCGACCUGCUCUCCCUCUGAACCUUGUAAAUCCCCCUCCCAACCUCACGGGGCUUGCAGGGACAAGGCGACUGACUGAGCUGAGCUGCUUAUUUAUUGAAAAUAAAUGACAGAAAAGUC